CAACAACAGCAACAGCAGCAGCAGCUACAGCAACAGCAGCGAGAGCAACAGCAGCGAGAACAACAGCAGCGAGAGCAACAGCAGCGAGAACAACAGCAGCGAGAACAACAGCAGCAGGAACAGCAAGAGCUGCUGCUGCACCAACAGAAACAGCAGGAGUUGCAAAAGCAAAAGCAGCAGCAAGAGCAGCAUCAAGAUCUGAACAACAAAAAUACCCAAAUUCAGCAAGCUGCUGCUGCAAUUCAAAAAAGACAAGAGGAGACUACGGAAUCGAUUCUGUUGCGAAAAAUGCAAGAGAGUAAAUACGAAGAGCUUCAACAAAAAGUAGAGAUGAUGGAGAAACAGCUGGUAUUAGAUCGUGAACAGUUUAGUAAGAUGGAAAACGAGUUGAUACUGAACCGUCAUGAGAUGAUGCAAACCUUGAUUAACACAAAGGAGCAGCUGAAUAAUGUCCUGAAAUCCAGGGAGGAGAGUAAAGCUAGAGAGCUGCAAUAUCAACAACAGUUAAAGAAACAGCAACUGCAACAAUUGCAACAAGUGACGCUGCAACACCAGCAAGAUGAAAUACAACACCAUGGAGCGGAAGAGGUGUAUGAAAAUGAAGAUUCAUCCGACUCCGACUAUUAUCCUCCUCCUCCUCCGCUUUUGCAACAUAAAAAAUCACAGCAGUCUUUGGAUGAUCAGCAUGAAAACGCUUAUCGAAGAAUGGCAAAGAGUAAAUCUCAAGAGUAUCUUAAACAACAACAUAGUAGAAGCUCUUCCACCUCUAUUCAAAACAGUCAGUACUAUCCACAUUAUGCGGAUGAAGACAGAAGAUCACUCUCUCGCCAUAAUAGUAGUACAAGUAACCGAAGUAACAAACUCGAUCCAAGUCCGUCCAACACGCUUGUAACAAACUCAUUCCCCCAACAUCGAAGGAUGAAUAAUCGACCACGAGCUAGAUCGAUAGAGGCAGGGAGAUGGCAUGAAGAGCAACAGCCAGUUAUUUACGAUGAAGCUGAUAUGCAGCCCUAUCAAACCAGGCCCAGAAGAAGCAGAUCUGUAGGCAGGCGACCUAGAUCUAGAGGGUCUGUGGUAUUUUACGAAGACAUACCGGACGAUGUGUAUUAUAACAAUCCCAGAUAUUAUAAUCAGCAAGAUGCUUAUAGCGAGGGCUAUUAUGUGCAGCCACAGACACCUCAACAGUAUUACUACAAUCAGUAUCAUUCUCAGCAAGCACCUCCUUUUAGACAAGCACUCCCACGAUACCCUUCUAAUAACAGUUCAAGACGUUAUGGGAGUUAUCAUCACCAGCAACUAUAAUACUAAUAAAAAAGUUCAACCAACAGCCAUGUUCCACAUGUUGCCAUUUUAGCCGAAAUGUGAUCUUUUUUUAUGAUCACCUUAUAAAGGUAUAAUCCCCGAGUCUUUUUCUAUUUUUGGGACUUUUUUAUUCUUGGGGGAUGAUUUGUUCUAU